AAAGAUGCUUUUCAAGACAGAUGAUGAGAUUCUUUUAAGUGCUAACUAUGGUUAAUAAAACGUGUCCUUAUUUAAGUUAUCCUACUCAAAGCACACAUAUGAAGGCCUACUCAUUUGAUCAACUUCCUUAUAUGAAAUGAAAGGAACAACUGGUGCAAGCGUCCAUAACCCUGACGAAGUGGUUGUUGAACUUGGCGCUGAACCUAAAUAUGAGCGUGAUUCAUACUUGUCCAACUCAAAGACGGGCAUAGAGUGCACACCAAGGGCAGAUAUGUCCGAGGUCCGUAAGAAAGGGACAUCUCGACGAAACUCAAAGCUGCUCGUUAAAAGUAAGAAGUCCAGGCUUGAAGACAUAGUGUGGGAGUAUAAACAAUUGGGAAAAGUUAGCAGCAGAGAGAAAGAUGAAGAUUGGUUCAUAGAUGAAGACUUUUUUGAGGAAUCCACAUCUAAGAAGUUAAGUUUGUGGACAGUUCUGCAAUUGGUGAGUCUCGUGUUGACUCUGAUGGCGUUAGCCUGUACCUUCUCAGUUUCUAAACUGAAGGAACUAAAACUAUGGGAUCUUCCAUUGUGGAAGUGGGAAAUUUUCUUAUCAGUGAUCAUAUCAGGCCAUUUACUCUGCGGUUGGGGUGUACGAGCUAUAGUUUUCUGUAUCGAACGUGGUUUUUUACAGAGGCUGAGGGUUCUUUACUUUGUGUAUGGACUCAAAAAGGCUUUUCAGAAUUGCCUGUGGGUAGUUCUAAUCGUGAUUGCUUGGCAUUUCUUGGUAGUAGAAAAGAUGGCUUACGAGAGGAAAAGCAAAGUAUUACGUUAUCUGACGAAAAGUCUGCUCUGCAUAUUGGUGGCUACCUUGGUCUGGUUUAUGAAGGUAAUUAUUGUUAAGAUUCUUGCUUCAUCAUUUCACAAUAAGAAGUUUUUCAAAAGAAUCACACAGUAUCUUGUCAAACAAUAUGUGAUAAAAAGCUUAUCAGACUCCCUAAAUGGUGAAAAGGGUGAGAUGAGGAAUGUAACAGAGGCCAAGAAUAUUAGUAGUACUAAUUACUUUUCAUGGGGAUUUGCUGGAAAAAAGAGCCAGAAACGCUCGAAUAAUUGUUUACAAAAAUGGACUAGAAUGUAUAUGUCUAACUUGGGAAAGAAGAGUGUAAAGAGGCUAGUUCAAGGAGGGCUUAUCCCAACUCUUUCAACUAUGGACGAAGAUUUUUCUGAUUUAAGUGAUGAAGAGGAUGAGGAAUCAUCUUGUCGCAAUGCUAGAAAGCUAGCUCGGAAGAUAUUCAAGAAAGUCGCUAAGGGAUCUGAGUGUAUUGGACUGGAGGAUUUGAAACGCUUUGUGGCACAAGAAAAAGCUUUGAAGAGCAUUGAUCUAUUUGAAGGAAGAGAAGAAGAAGCACGUAUCGAUCAACAAUAUUUCAUCGAUUGGAUGGUUGAGGCAUUCAAGGAAAGGAGAUAUAUUCUAUGUUCUCUAAAUGAUGCAAAAACAGCAGUGGAGGAACUUCAUCGUUUGAUGAACGUACUUGUGUCCUUGCUCAUUUUGAUACUCUGGCUUUUCCUUUUUGAGAUUCAAAUAAGUCAUCUUCUCGUGCUUGUAAGCUCCCAGCUGCUCGUGAUGGGAUUCAUCUUCGGAAACACCUGCAGGACAGUAUUUGAGGCAAUCAUAUUUCUGUUUAUAAUGCACCCAUUCGACGUGGGUGAUCGUUGUGAAGUAGAUGGAGUGCAGAUGGUUGUAGAGGAGGUGAAUAUUCUAACAACUGUAUUUGAGAGAUAUGACUUCCAAAAGGUUACAUACCCUAACUACAUUUUAGCUACUAAGGCCAUUGGUAAUUAUAACCGCAGUGGUGAUAUGGCAGAUCAAAUUGAGUUCUCUAUUCACAUUUCUACUCCCUGGGACAAGAUUAUCACUAUGAAGGAAAAGAUAAAGAGGUAUAUAGAAAGUCAUGAUAAGUAUUGGUACUCAAAGCCAGUAAUUUUUGUGAAGGAUGUACAAGAUAUGAACAGAUUAGUAAUGACAGUUUGGCCGCGGCACAAAAUGAACCAUCAAGAUAUGACGCAGAGGUGGACUAGAAGAUCCUCAUUGAUCGAUGGAAUGAUCAAUAUUUUCCGGGAGCUAAAUAUCGAAUACAGGAUGCUGCCUCUUGAAGUUAACGUCCGAAACUUGCCUGGAACAUCAGAUAGGCUUGUUUCAAAUUGGAGUACUUGUUCUGCACCAUAUUACAACGUUUAAUGUCCCUAUGGUGCCAUUAACAGACACUCCUGCAACUCUAUAAGGCGCUGUUUAUAUGACUUUUUAUGUGUAAGAAGAUGAGAAGUAGCAGUAAUGCCUGUUAUUGAAUAAGAUGUAACUGUGGCCUGUGGAUGCUUCUGGUCAUUCAUGAAUUCACAGAAAUGUUUAUUAGUGGCGCUACUUCUCUGUAAUAGUCAAAAUAAUAAUUGCAAAAGAAGCAUUAGUCGAAUAAUCUGCAGAAAAUGCUACACCUUUUUUGAAUUUGAAUCCACAUUGUAGAGCAAAAUUUGCA